ACGUAUACUAAUUUUAUUGGCAUGUAGAAAAAAGUAGCAAUGUUCUAUUAGAGAGAGAAAAAAAAACACAAAAAAAAAGGGAAAAAAUAGCAAUAUUUUAUUAGAGAGAAAAAGGCAAAAACAGAAAAAGAAAAGUUGCAGAAAGGAAUAUACUUGUAUCAUAUAUAUGCAGAAGUACAAGUUUAUCGGAGGAGGAGGAGGAGGAGGGUGGUGAAAUUUUCCGGUGGCUGACGUCGAAUGUGGAAUCCCACAUAAUCCCAAAUUCUCUUGUUAUUCUGAUUUUCGUAUCUUUUCCAAAAUAAGUACUUAUCCUUUUUCUUUUUCCUUUUCCUGUUGGAUGACGAUUUUCCAAAAAUUCCAAUCGUACUAGGAAAAGCAAUCUUCUUUAUUCGCACAUUAUAUUUUAGAUUUGAGUGAAUGGCCUUGGCAUUGCAAAUUUGCAAAAAAGUGGAAUCUCCACAUUCAAAUCAACCAUUCUCCAUCAUCUCUACCGCCCUGUAAAUUACAAUAUAAUGCCGAUGCUGGCGACUCAAAUCACCGCCAAUAAAACCCCAGGAUUAGAGAAAGGGGAAAAAGGAUCCCACAAGGCCGUGAAACGAUCUUCAAAUAAUUUGAAGAAGUUAUUUACUAAAGCAUUAAGUUCCACCGGGGUUAAAUACAUCUUCAAAUCCAAAACUAAGCCGCCUAAGACUCCUAUUGAUGUUGUUCGCCGGGUGACGUUCCUACUGGCCGCCCUUGACUCUUUUGAAGACAAUGUUGAUCCUAAGCGUUUUGAUAAGAUGCAAGAAUUGGAUUCUCUUUUACAUGAGAUGAAAUCAAUCUUGUAUGGAAGUAAUGAAUGUGAACCUGCUGUUGAAGCCUGUGCGCAACUGACUCAGGAACUUCUUCGAGAUAAUGCACUGCGUCUCAUCAUUCUUUGUCUUCCUAAAUUGAACUUGGAGGCCCGUAAAGAUGCCACGCGUAUUGUUGCGAAUUUGCAAAGGCAACCAGUUAAUUCACGUUUGAUUGCUUCUGAUUACUUGGAAGCCAACCCGGACCUUAUGGAUCAUUUGGUAUCUGGGUAUGACGAUCCUGGUCUUGCUUUGCAUUAUGGAGCAAUGUUGAGGGAGUGUAUUCGACAUCAAGUUGUUGCAAGAUAUGUGUUGAGGUCGGAGCAUAUGAAAAGGUUCUUUGACUACAUGCAAAUCCCAGAAUUUGAUGUCGCUGCAGAUGCUACAGCGACCUUUAAGGAGCUUAUAACCAGGCAUAAGUCCACAAUUGCCGAAUUUCUCUUUGAAAAUUAUGACUGGUUCUUUACCGAGUUUAAUGCAAAGCUUUUGGAAUCAGCAAACUACAUUACCAGAAGACAAGCUAUCAAGCUUUUGGGAGAUAUUUUGCUUGAUCGCUCAAAUUCUCCUGUGAUGACACGCUAUGUUAGCUCAAAGGAUAAUUUAAGGAUUUUGAUGAAUCUUUUGAGGGAGUCUAGCAAGAACAUUCAGCUAGAUGCGUUCCACGUGUUUAAGCUUUUUGUUGCCAAUAGAAAUAAACCUUCUGACAUUGUCAACAUACUCGUGGCCAACAGAAGCAAGCUUUUGCGCUUCUUUGCAAGUUUCAGGAUUGAUAAAGAGUUUUGUUUGUUUGCAGAAGAUGAACAAUUCGAGGCUGAUAAAGCUCAAGUUGUGAAAGAAAUUGCACAACUUGAAGCGAUAGGACCUCUUUUCUCAGGAGAACUGCAUAAGUUCCCCCCUACACCUACUGCUUCAGGAGAACUAUAUAAGACACCGACUGCGCGCAUAAGACAACUUAUGUAAUUUCCAAAAACUAUGUUGAAGAAUAGUAUAAACUUGGAAGGAGACCAACAACCGUAAAUGCUUUAGUAUAUGGGUCAUUGUUUUACGAAUCAUACAAAAAAAUAUUUUUUUUCUGUUUUCUCUGAUAUGCUGCUGAUCAACGAAUACUAAUUGCAGUAGAGUGGUAUAUAUCUCUGUUCAGAUUAUUUGAAAGAGCAGAGAAUUGGUUGAGAAG